AAGCCUCUACACGUACCUCGUUCUUCGGCGGAAGGAGCUCCCGCCUUUGCUUUCCCUCUCUGUCUCUUACUCUGCAUUUCCCGUUUCUUCUUAGUCUAUACCUCUCCCAUGCCCCAUUUCACUUAGAGAACCAGAAGAUUACAAAGGCUAUCUAUUACAUUACGUAUAGAUAUGGUGAAGAUCUGUUGCAUUGGAGCUGGCUAUGUUGGUGGGCCUACCAUGGCCGUGAUUGCACUGAAGUGCCCAGACAUUGAAGUAGUGGUUGUUGAUAUUUUUGAGCCGAGAAUUAUUGCCUGGAAUAGUGACCAUCUUCCCAUUUAUGAACCAGGACUUGAUGAUGUGGUAAAACAGUGCAGGGGAGAGAACCUCUUCUUUAGCAAAGAUGUGGAAAAGCAUGUGGCAGAAGCUGAUAUAGUCUUUGUAUCAGUAAAUACACCAACCAAAACUCAGGGACUUGGAGCUGGCAAAGCAGCUGAUCUAACUUAUUGGGAGAGUGCUGCUCGUAUGAUUGCAGAUGUUUCAAAAUCUGACAAAAUUGUUGUUGAGAAAUCAACAGUUCCAGUGAAAACGGCAGAAGCGAUAGAAAAGAUUUUGACCCACAACAGCAAAGGCAUCAACUUUCAGAUUCUCUCCAACCCAGAAUUUCUUGCUGAGGGAACUGCAAUCCAGGACCUUUUCAAACCAGACCGAGUCCUUAUUGGUGGCAGGGAGACCCCAGAAGGGCAAAAGGCAAUUCAAGCAUUGAAAGAUGUUUAUGCCCAUUGGGUUCCUGUGGAUCGGAUCAUAUGCACCAAUCUCUGGUCUGCUGAACUGUCUAAACUUGCUGCAAAUGCCUUUUUGGCACAAAGGAUCUCUUCUGUUAAUGCCAUGUCGGCACUAUGUGAAGCCACUGGUGCAGAUGUCUCCCAAGUGUCACAUGCUAUUGGCAAGGACACAAGGAUUGGGCCUAAGUUCUUGAAUGCAAGUGUGGGUUUUGGUGGAUCGUGUUUCCAGAAGGAUAUCCUGAACCUGGUCUACAUUUGUGAGUGCAAUGGCCUCCCCGAGGUUGCAAGCUACUGGAAACAGGUUGUUCAGGUGAAUGAGUACCAAAAAACACGUUUUGUGAACCGGAUGGUUUCCUCCAUGUUCAACACAGUCUCAGGUAAGAAAAUUGCAAUUUUAGGAUUUGCUUUCAAGAAAGACACAGGUGAUACAAGGGAGACCCCAGCCAUAGGUGUUUGCCAGGGCUUGUUGGGUGACAAGGCUAUAUUGAGCAUAUAUGACCCUCAGGUUUCACAGGAACAGAUUCAAAGGGAUCUCUCAAUGCACAAAUCUGAAUUGGAUAGGCCUCCUCAUCUUCAGCCAGCGAGUCCCACGGCUAUCAAGCAAGUUUCGUGUGUAUGGGAUGCUUAUGAGGCAGCAAAGGGUGCUCAUGGGAUCUGCAUAUUAACCGAGUGGGAUGAGUUCAAAACUCUUGAUUACCAGAAGAUCUAUGAUGAUAUGCAGAAGCCUGCUUUUGUUUUUGAUGGGCGUAAUGUAGUGGAUGUUGAUAAGCUGAGGCAAAUUGGCUUUAUUGUUUACUCCACUGGUAAGCCAUUGGAUGCCUGGCUGAAGGACAUGCCUGCUGUGGCAUAAGACCUGCAUGCUUUGAAGCGACUCGGGGCAGGUUGUAGUGGAAUCACAAAUUGCGAGACCCCUCAUCGUAUAUUUUUUAUUUUUUCUGCUUUUAGCCAUAAAUAUUAUUAUAGUUCUGGGAUUCGAUUGUUUCUGACUAUGUGAUGGAUGGGUUCCCUGGCACCCUUGUGUUGGGAUAUCUUUUGUUGGUAGCAAAUUUUUAUCUGUUCUCAUUGGUUUAAUGUAAUAAAUCAGAACAUCUGGAAAUUUUAGCACUCUUUCCAGCUAUCCUGUCUCCUAUAUAUAUACAGUAUCAGUCUGUUGGGGGCAUCA